GUUGUGGAGAUUCUUUGUGCCAUACCUCGCAUUCCAAACUGGGAGCAGCUGCCUUGCCGUGCGAGCGUGUGCGCGCGCGCCAACCAAGUCAGCCAGCGAGCGCCGUGGAAUUCUUGACGUCGUAGCGUCCUAGUUUUUUUUUUUCUUUUUUUUUUUCGGAGUUUUUUUUUUUGCGUAGUGCGUGCGUAGCUACCGUGGUUUUUUGUCCGUUCGCGGGACGAACGUGCUUGAGGCGACGACUUACAGCAACAACAACAACAACGAGAUCGUCGUCAACAAACAAGGACAUCGAGGGAGACAAAACAACGCGUAUUUUGGAAGCUCGUCGUGUUUCUUCGGACGAGGAAGCGACAAACUUCGACACAACGGAAGACUACGAGGUCCUCGUGAAAGUGAAAAAGAGAAAAAAAAGAGCACGCGCCGUCGGCGUCGUCUUCGUGUGUGAUUUUUGUGUGCUUCCGGCCUGGACAAUCUAAUCAUCGGUGCUUCGAUCGUAGCGUCGACGUGUGAGAGAUUAACUCUCUGAGAUUAUUCCUUGGUGAGAUUAAUCCCGCUAUCACCGACCACGACCGGUGCUGGUUUUUGUGUGUGUCCUUCGAGAAGGAACUAGCCCAAGUGGACCUGACACGGACUACGGCGCUCUGAAAAGGGAUCCCGUGGUGCCGUGAAAGAGGGAGUUGGGAGCGGCGGCGUACUCCAGUUCGGCAAGGACGACGACGACGACGACGGCGGCGACAGCGACGACGACGAAGGCGGAGUCGUUGGAGACGUCCAUGUCUUCGUCCUGAGGACGCUGCAGCCUCGGCGAGGACACAGCGGAGGUCACCGCAACUUCCACGGUUUUUCUGUAGACGUGCAGGGUGGCGCCUAUAUCAGUGUUCAAGAUUUCGUCCCCUUGGAACUCUGGCCCGGGCCUCACGCCCCCGGGCGGAGGCGGGCCUCAGGCCUCGCAACCGCUCUCCGACCCGGGCUCCGACGACUCCAACUCCAAGGACGGGCCCUCGGGGGGCCGGGGCGGGGACGUGUCCAACUCGGACGCCGAGGGCGUCUGGAGCCCGGACAUCGAGCAGAGUUUCCAGGAGGCCCUGGCCAUCUACCCGCCAUGCGGUCGCCGCAAGAUCAUCCUGUCCGACGAGGGCAAGAUGUACGGCCGCAAUGAACUCAUCGCAAGGUACAUCAAGCUUCGCACGGGGAAGACGCGGACGCGGAAGCAAGUCUCUAGCCACAUCCAAGUCCUUGCCAGGAGAAAAGCCCGCGAGAUCCAAUCCAAGUUAAAAGACACAGCAGCCAAGGAGAAAGCCCUCCAGUCACUGACGUCGCUGUCUUCGGCGCAGAUUGUGUCGGCAACGGCGAUGCAGAACAAGGCUGGCUUGGCCUCCCUCGUGCCUCCCGUCAGCUACACAGGCGCCCCUUUUUGGCAGACAACCAUUGGCCAGCCUGGAACGUCAGAAGACGUGAAGCCGUUUGCGACGCAGCCCUACUCCCUGCAGACCCCUAAGGUCCCCCCGACGGGCAACUCUGGGGUGGAACUGCUGCCCCACACUGGUGCGGGCAUGCCCCCUUCCUGGGAGGGACGCUCCAUUGCAACUCACAAGCUGCGAUUGGUCGAGUUCUCAGCCUUCAUGGAGCUUCAGCAAGACCAGGACACGUGCAACAAGCACCUAUUUGUCCACAUAGGAGGACCACCUACAUAUUCGGAUCCCCUCCUAGAAGCGGUGGACAUCCGCCAGAUCUACGACAAGUUUCCCGAGAAGAAGGGGGGUCUUAAGGAGCUGUAUGACAAGGGACCUCAGGAUGCCUUCUUCCUGGUCAAGUUCUGGGCCGAUCUCAACACAAGCAUCCAGGACGAGGCGGGCGUCUUCUACGGCGUCACUAGUCAGUAUGAGAGUAACGAGAACAUGACGAUAACUUGCUCCACAAAAGUGUGUUCCUUUGGGAAGCAGGUUGUUGAGAAGGUCGAGACCGAGUAUGCAAGGUUCGAGAACGGCCGGUUUGUGUAUAGGAUUCAUCGCUCGCCAAUGUGUGAAUACAUGAUCAACUUCAUCCACAAGUUGAAGCAUCUGCCAGAGAAGUACAUGAUGAACAGCGUCCUCGAGAACUUCACAAUACUACAGGUGGUGACCAACCGUGACACCCAGGAGACCCUCUUGUGCAUCGCCUACGUGUUCGAGGUGUCAACGAGUGUUCACGGAGCACAGCAUCACAUCUACCGCCUUGUCAAAGACUGAAGGGGACCGUCCCCGACCGCACUGCGGCUCAAUGGCGCGCUCCGCCGUCGGAAACUCUCGUGUUGCCGUGCCUCUUCAGUGCCUCAUUUGGACGUGGCGGAGCCACGUUUGCGUGGCGUGGAACCGGACCGCAUCUCUUGUACAUAGAAACUCCACCGACGUGGUGUCAUCGCCGUUGAGUUUUCGUCCCUGGUUCUUUGCGCGCUCGACCUCCUGUGGGAAGGCUGUAUAACGCGCCCCCGCUGCCUUUCGUUUUUUGCCAUGCCCCCAAAUUUACGCUAUGCAAGCGGCUACGCGCCAGCCGUGGAAAGUGGAAAUGUCCCCCACCGCUCGUUUCUCCGCUCGCUUCCGCGACGUGCGAAUCGUUGCACGAACCAAGUUUGCAGACUUGUUUCUUGUCGAGCGAACCUUUUGUGUUUGUCUAAACAUUUUUUUUUUUGAGUAUGCCGCAUGGUGUGAAGGAAUCGUGUUUGUGCGUGUGCACUGCUCUAGGUAGUAUGCGACAAGACAUUUCCAUGUGCUGGUGCUCUACAUCAUUUCGACGCAAGGUUGCAUGCCUGACAGCUCAUUGAAUGGGACAUUCAAGUGGCUCCGAUCGCCACAUUGCAUUGUCAUGCACGGCAUAACACCGCGCCGCACUCUCGAGGUGUUUGCUCGUGCCAGGCUCCACGAGAUGCGGUGCUUGAACCCCGGGUGCUGGCGUGCUUUUAGGGGUUUUCCUAGCAUGCUUCAGCCUCAUUCAUGUUUUGGCUUCCCAUUAUUUUUCGUUUAAGUAUUUCGUUAGUGGCAAUAGCAGUUCCAUGUUUUGUACCAUGCACAGAAAGACAAGCUCGUGCUGUCCCUGCUUUUAUGUUUUGAGUGUCCAGUCUAUUUCCGCUACCUUUUUUUUGUGUUACCCAUCUGGUGGAGAAGCAGACAUUUUUUGUUUGAUGCCCGAGACUUAAUGGCUGGCGGCUUGGAGUGAUAAGUGGAGACGACUGCGAGGGAAUUCAAACAAAUUCAGCGUACAAGGUUGUAUGAUCUCAGUAUUUUGACCCGAAGCUGAAUUAUUAGCCGUCGCUGCGCAUUGGUCGUUGAGGGGGCCUAAUAAGCUGCCAUGUCAAGCUCAUUUAGGUGUUUUUGUUUUUUCUCAACAGUGUGAUAACUAUUUUCUUGCCCAUAAUAUUUUUUUUUUCAAUGCCCAUGUACUUUGUGAGUGUGCCAUUUUAGCAAAACUAGCUUUCUGGUCUUGCCAGUGUGUGCAUUUUCAUUGUUUGUAUACAUAAGUGUGCUUUUGUGCCCAUUUUGCAUUUUUUAGCAUCUGGCAUUGUUGCUUUAAUUUUUCGAGUUUGCUGAAGUUCUUAUGUAGUGAUCAUCCCUUUUUGCAAGCUUGUUUUUUUUUUCUUUGGCAACUUUAUUUAUAAGUGCUGGGAAGGGGUGGAAAUUUGUUUCGACUGAUUUUACAGUCGUGUCCUUAAUACAGUUUGAAUGGAUUUGACGAAGUGAUGAUGUCAUUGAAAUUUGUGGAUCCUAUGUUUGUUGCUGAACCAAUGAAUCGAGCAUGCUCGAUUGCAACUUGCGCAGCGUCCAGGUGUGUGAAACUUGCUAUGCCUGAGUUUGUUGGUAGCUGUAUCCCCUUGAAAUUAUAAAAGAAAUGACAGAAUCACUAAGGUUUUUUAGAUAUUGGAUUCAAAGCAGACACAAAGUAUCUUGAGGGAUUUUUGAAAAUAAAUGCAAGUGGAAAACAUAGCAAAUGGGUGGCAACCUUUAAAUGUCUAUAAUUUUACUGAGCCUUACAUGACUUUGGGUCUGAGAAACAGUAAAUAAAUUUAAUGUUCACUCAUUUUUUUUUUGUUGAAAUAGUGAUUUGUUGAAUAUCUGCUUUAAUAGAUCGGGAAACGGAAUUUGUCCCUUCGAACUGAAACAAAAGUGGGUUUGUUUUUAUGCUCCUGUAAAUUCAGACCAAAUUUCAUUUUUCUGGUUGUCAAUUAAAGUGGUAAAUAUCUUCAUGACAUUGGCUUUGUAAAACUUCCGAACAUUCUAAUGUUGCCAUCGAUCGGGAGUGAAUUGUUCAAAGAGACAGAUAUUGGCACAAUCGUAAAUGCUAUAUUCAUGCUCAGUUAUUAAAAACUAAAUUAGUACGACAUCUCAUACACCCUGAGAUGGGGAACGAUAAAGAAAUGGACGAAGACAACAAAAUAUCUUUCUGCGAGAAAUUUAAGGUUGCCAUUUUGUUAUUAUAUUGCUGCAGUGAAGCCUACGAUUGGUUAGUACUUGCCAACCACCUGUAAAUCUUAUUCAAAUCUAUUACCACUUCUCUAUAGAUGGCUUUGGGUGUACCAACAGUGUAGGAUGGGACAGAGCUAUUGUUUAACUUAUUUUUAAGAGGCAGCUGUUUCCCGCAGCAGCUUUAGCAUCCACCUGAGACCAAGGGAAAAGAGUGCAGGGGAUUUACAUUCUGGCAACACUGAUGGACCAAAGACAAGUUGCAAGACAGAAUAAAAAAAAUCAAAAAGUGUCAAGAAGUCUUUAGAGAGAGACUUUCCCUAUUAACCGCUCUUGCAGCAGUUUCUUGUUCUUUCGUUGUUUUUUUUUGUGUGCAAACUUUCGUUAUUCAUUUCAUGCGGUGUUGGUGACGGGCAUCAAUAACUCAGCAUGUUUGUGUUGCUCUCCUAUCGGCUGCACACUUUUUUUUUUCAUUCUCGGUUGGUCUUGUUAUGACACAGCAGUUUUCUUGGUUGUGAAAGGCAACUGUACUUGUAGUGCUUUCUACUUCCAUCGGUGCUGUCUCCCUACGUCUCUAUUUUUUAAGAUUGUUCGGAGGAACCUUGUUUUCAGACAUCUCUCACCUUACAAAAUCUUUCAUUGGUUUCGUUCAUGUAAGGUUUCUGCGAGAACAUUCAUGACCAGUGUUUUGCGUUUCGGACAGUGCCGAUGUUGCGCUCCCGUGGGCAGCUAAAAUAGUUUUCCAAAACCAUUUCAAAAACACUCUUGCCCCUGGUUUUCUCGAUUUUUGAUUUGAAAAGCCUCGAGCUUAGAGCCAGUUCACACGUGCAGUGCUCAUUCAACACCGGGAACAGCACUGUAAACUUGGCACUAAUUCAGCCUGUAUCGGCACUGUACAACUAACAUAUAGUGCGAAUUCAGUACUGCGUCGGCAAGGUUGGUGCCAUUUCCAGUGCCGACCACGUAACGGAGCUGAGGCAGCACCGUGACGUAUGUACGAACAGGCUUCGAGUCACUGUUUUAGUUAUUGAGCAAGACCUAGUUUUCCCCACUGACCUUCUUGCGAAGCAACCGCUCGACCCUGUCGGCAGAGAAUCAGUAAGGCAUCGUGGUGUUGUGACGGGCCAUCUUCAGCUUUUUCUGCGGUGUAACAAAGCACAAUCGUCGCGGUACUUUUUGUAACAAUUUUCUUCUUUCCUCCCUGUACUAAAUGGCUCCGCCAUCGCAGUCACACUGCCCUUACAUGGCCCAGAAGGCACGGUAUAAGCUGCAGAUGUGAGGACAGAGUUAUCGAUCAGACACGCAUCGAGCUUGUUCAAAGCGUGCUUGGUUCGUACAUGCGUGUACUUCGAAUGGUGCCUGCACGCUGUCUUUUGUACUGUGUAUUUGCAGUGUGACUGCGGCUUUGCAGUUUUAUCUUACCACCACUGCAGUGGCAGUUCUACCAUCUUGGGUGACACCAAAAACCGUCUUCUUUGCACAUGGCAAGGAAGAAAAUUGUUGCUGGACGACAUUCUCUCGGUCGACGCCACCCCUCAGCUAGCAAUAAUAAGACUCUGUCAUCCACCGGAACUCCACCCAAAGAGUUUUUAAUGCCAAAUGAAAGAGGAAUAGAAACAGACAAAAAAAAAGUGUCGUGUGCUGAGCCUCUCAACACUGUCUUGUAGAUAGGUGCUGCAUCCAUACAUCACACUUUUCUUUUUUUUUUUGUUGUCCCGUCCUAUGUCUGUUUGCCUUAUUAUGAUGCGCAUCUGUUUAGUGCUUAUUUAAUACCGAUUACAAGAAACCGACGACAUGUGGCACACUUGUGAUGAAGCAAAGUAUUUGCCAACUGUGUUUUAUAUGUACAUAUAUAUAAAUAUAUAUACGGCUGUAUAUAGAUUUAUAUAUAUGUAUACUUGCAUAGGGCCAAUAAAAAAGAAAUCCCUGCAAAUGCA